CCCAAGUCUGGUAAACAAAUUGUCGAAAGCGCAAAGAAUCCAAACGGUAAAAAGGAAUAAUUUCAGCACGUACAAGCACCGUGGGUCGAAACAUAUCCAGAAUGGAGCGUGACAAUAAAGGAACAACUGCAGAUAAUGGGCGAAAACCAGCAGGAAACUUACAAUCGCUGCCUACUAGACAGUAUUUGGACCAGACAGUGAUUCCUAUCCUGCUACAGGGAUUGAAAGUAUUGGCCAAAGAACGACCCCAGGAUCCAGUGCAAUACUUAGCGAACUUUCUGCUGGAGAACCGUAAUCGGGUCGAGAAAAGCAAUGGAGGAACUACGGAAGAUGCACAGUAAAUAGAUGUUAUU